CUGAUUCAUUGUAAUGUAAACAUUUCCAUGCGUGUUGAGUGAUAUGUUUAUUUUUUCAGUUUCUUUCACAGAAAUUAACAUAUGUAUAAAACACAGAUAACUUGAACUGAGUGCAAUGGAUCAGAUUCAUUAUUUGCGUUUGGGACUGUGGAACGUUGCAGAGGGACUGUACAAGUACUUCAUCGAAAAUGACAGCUCUCAAGACGCAAAGUCUCAAAGUCGUUCUUACCAUUGGAAUGUUGCAGUGGAUCCAGAAAGCAACUGCUUUGCAUCACCUGUAGUGAUGACGCCUUGGCAUCAAUCAUGGGUUUCAACUUGGCUUAUCAGUAAUGAAACUGGAGCCUGCAGAGAAAUGACGAAUGCAGUCACUGAUGUGCGCAGCCUCAGGAAAGAAACUGAAUUCCAUUACAUUCUGAACAUUUUAUCACCACCACCAAUCAUUCUGAAGAUACUUCAGAUUGGAAAGGAAUGGAAGAGUAUAAUGAAGAACUUAGAGAUGUGAUGUAUAUCCAUGCUUCUGUGCAGUUGAAGGAAAACAUGAAAAAAUGCCCAACAAGAAGUGUUUCAGAAUCCCACAACUCCAAGUGCACAUUUACUACUAUUCUCUUCGCUGUGUUGGACAGUAAUUACUGUUUCACAUAUACAUUGUUUUAGGUGAAGCUGGAAGGAUUGCUAGUGGUGGCAUUUUUUGCAAGUAGAUUGCAAAAGUUGCUCUAGAGUCCAAACAUCUUUACCUGCCAGAAGACACAGUUCCACUUAAGAUUCUUAAUUGAUGAAGUUUGUCUGAGAGCAUGGUUCACUGACUUACAGAGAAAGAGCAUUUGACAGUCAAGAGCAAAUUGUGUUAUGGGAAAGGCAAGGAGAAUCUGGUUUCUAAAUUUCACUGCUAUUAGAAACCAGUACCACUUCACCCACAGAUAGGUGACAAAAUAGUUAGUGCUGCAUCUGUUAUUCAUAUCUGUCAGAGGAAAAGGCCUCGUCAGCAUUAUGUACAGCCACAAUUAAUAGAUCAGGAAAAUCUUAACAAUAGAGAUUACCAACCAGAAAUAUAGGAAAGAAUAAAUCUGCAGGGACCUAUUGAUGCAAAGCUUCAAUCCGGCAACAGGAAUGGUCUCAAACAGACUGUGUUAAGAAGAGAAUGUGUUGCAAAUUAUUUUCUUAAAGAUGAAUCUGUACUAUGGUAGCAUUUCAAAGUUUGUAAGAGUAUUGACUAUAAUUUUUUAAUGUAUAGCUUUGACACAUUGUGGAAUAAAGUGAUACUAAAUACACAGUUAA